CGCUAAGUCACUUGCUUAAAUAAAAGCUCACGAAUUCGGCAGUUAAAUAUCACAUUACCGCAUAAAGACUUCUUCAGUUCUAAUUCAAAUGUUCAUUAGUUGAGUUGAUUUGCCGUUUUCAACUUUUUUGCCAAAAACAAAAUCAAAAACAAAAAUGAGUGUGUUCCUCGCUAUGCUAAUCCUCAGCAUUACACUGCUGGUAGUUUUCCUCAAGUUUCGUCAUGGCUACUGGCGUCGUCGUCAUAUACCGCAUAAUGAGCCAACCUUUCCAAUGGGUGAUUUCCAAGAAUGGCGCAAAACAAAAUCGUUUGUGGAAAUUUUUGUGCCAAUCUAUCGGAAAUUCAAGGGCACUGCUCCCUUUGCCGGCUUCUUCCUAGUAUUCAGGCCAAUCGCUCUUAUAUUGGAUAUUGAAUUGGUGAAAAAUAUACUCAUCAAAGACUUUAAUAACUUUCGCGAUCGCGGACUCUUUUACAAUGAGAAGAAUGAUCCGCUGACGGGCCAUCUUUUCGCCUUGGACGGCGCAAAAUGGCGCAAUUUGCGUCAAAAACUCUCAUCGACUUUCACCUCUGGUAAGAUGAAAUAUAUGUAUCCCACCAUCAUCAAAGUGGCAGAAGAAUUUCUCAAGGUUGUGGAAGAAAAGCAAGCAACAGCUACUGAUGGCGUAGUAGAAAUGUAUGAUUUGCUGUCACGUUUCACUGCCGACGUGAUUGGCACAUGUGCUUUUGGCAUCGAGUGCAAUAGUCUGCGCAAUCCGAAAGCCGAUUUCGUGGUAAUGGGUCAAAGGGCGAUCGUCGAAAAUCGGCACGUAAAAUUCAUAGACACCUUAAUAGAGGCUGCUCCCAAGCUGGCACGUGCGCUAGGCAUGCGUAAGUUGCCACAGGAAGUGCAUGACUUCUAUAUGGGCAUAGUGCAUGAUACCGUCGCAUACAGAGAAAAAAAUCAAGUGACGCGUAAUGACUUAAUGCAACUUCUAAUGGAACUGAAAAGUAAAGGCCCAAAGGAUGGUGGACUAACAGUGAACGAGAUUGCCGCACAAGCUUUUGUUUUCCUCUUCGCGGGCUAUGAGACCAGCUCGUCUACUAUGAGUUUCGCACUCUAUGAAUUGGCCAAGCAGCCAGACAUACAGGACAGAUUGCGCACAGAGAUCAAUGAGGUGCUUGAGCGGCACAACAACGCCUUCACCUAUGAAGCAAUGCUGGAUAUGCACUAUCUGGAUCAGGUAUUCUCGGAGACUUUGCGGAAGUAUCCAAUAGCGCCACAUCUGACACGCCAGGCUCAAGCCGAUUAUAAAACUAACGAUCCACGCUACACAAUCGAAAAGGGCACAAUGGUCCUCAUACCUACUUACGCUAUACACUAUGACCCUGAGUACUAUCCCGAUCCAGAGAAAUUCGAUCCUGAACGUUUUUCUGAUGCGGAAAUAAAGAAACGUCCAGCCUGUACCUGGCUGCCGUUCGGCGAUGGACCACGAAAUUGCAUUGGUUUACGUUUUGGCAAAAUGCAGGGAUUCAUUGGGCUCACCUAUUUACUGAAGAACUUCAAGUUUACAGUUUGUAAAGAAACUGACGAAAAGUUGCACUAUAUGAAGGAGAAAAUUCUUCUGCACUCAUUGAAUGGCGUAAAAUUACGUGUCGAUCGUUUAAACCAACGGCCUAUGAUGCUUAGAAUGCUUCUGCUUCUGAUACUCAUUUGCGUCGCGUUAACGCUCGUAAUGACUGCGCUCCAAUGGCACUACACUUAUUGGCAGCGCCGUGGUGUGCCUCAGGUGUCGCCUCGUUAUUUGGUAGGGAAGAUUCAGCGCGCCACUGGCGGCCAAGUGCAGCUGCGUCACUUCAAUCAGCGUCUCUACGGAGUGUACAAAAAUAGUCACCCCUUUGUGGGCAUGUAUAUCUUCUUUACGCGCGCCGCACUUAUACUCGAUCUGGAUGUGAUCAAAGAUAUUUGCAUUAGUAAAUUUUCUAAUUUCCAAGAUCGCGGCGUUUUCUCAAAUCCACGCGAUGAUCCACUCACAGGUCAUCUUUUUCGUUUAGAGGGUGAGCAAUGGCGUGAAAUGCGCAACAAACUGACACCCGUGUUCUCGUCGGGCAACAUGAAAUACAUGUUUCCCACAGUGGUGAAAGUGGGUAGUGAGUUGGCGCACGCUUGCCGGGUGGCACUUGCAAAUAGCCCUCAAAAAGCGGAGCUAGAGCUGAAGGAGCUUUGCGCGCGCUACACCACCGAUGUCAUUGGCACUUGUGCCUUUGGCAUUGAAUGCAAUAGUCUGCGCGAUCCACAGGCUGAGUUCAGGCGACGCGGGCAUGCCGUCUUCGCCGAGCCGCGUCACUCACAACUCGUGCAAACAUUCAUGUUGAUGAAUCCAGAUUGGGCGCGUCGUUUACAUUUGAAGUUCUUUCCCGAUCACAUCAUACAAUUCUAUGUGGAUGUUGUGCGUCAGACAGUGGAACUCCGAGAGCGUGACAAAAUCAAACGCAAUGAUUUUAUGGACUUGAUGAUCGGCUUGAAGGCAGAGGAUGAGCGGUUAGCAUUGAAAAGUGAUGGCAUUGACCUCUCGCAGGGCUUGACUCUCAUGCAAAUAGUGGCACAAGCGUUCGUCUUUUUUGUGGCCGGCUUUGAUACCUCUUCGACAACCAUGUCGCUAUGUCUCUAUGAACUCGCAUUGAACCCGGCAAUACAGGAGAAGGUACGAAAUGAGAUCGAACGAGUGCUGAAAUCGCAUGAUAACCAGCUCAGCUACGAAGCAUUAAAUGAAAUGCAGUAUCUGGAUCAAGCGCUGGAUGAAACUCUCCGCAAGUACCCCGUGGUGCCAUAUCUCGUGCGCAAAGCCAAGGAGGACUAUUUGGUUCCCAACACCAACGAAGUUAUCGAGAAAGAUUGUCUAGUGGUAUUACCUCUCCACGCCAUACAUCAUGACCCCGAGCUUUAUCCUGAGCCGGAAAAGUUUGAUCCGGACCGUUUUAAGCCGGAAGUGACGCACGAGCGGCAUGCAGCGGCUUAUAUGCCAUUUGGAAAAGGUCCUCGCGCCUGCAUUGGUUUGCGUUUCGGCAAAAUGCAGGCGAAAAUUGGACUAGUCAAUUUGCUACGUCACUUUAAGUUCACCAAGUCAGCACGCACUCAAGUGCCACUGGAGUUCAACGAACGAAUUUUUCAAAUAUCAGCCGCUAGCGGCAUAUAUUUAAAAGUGGAGGCUUUGCUUGCGAACAGAGAAGGUGUAAUAUAAAAUAUUUCUUUAAUUUACUUAAACCGAUAAUCAUUAAAUUAUUAAAGUAUUGUAAAAUAAGAAUUGAAUAUUUUAUAUUAAAUUUGAAAAUAUGUCUUCA